AUGAGUGAACUGCUGCUCACUGUGUUCCAGGCCGAGGCCAACAUGGAGUCUUUCAGGAGCGAGCUCAGCGCCUCGUUUGAGAGGAGACUGGUGGAGAGGGAGGCGCGGGUCAACCAGCUAACCCAAGAGCUGGAGGGUGUGAAACAGAAGAUGAAAGGAAGAGAUGAGCGUGUGAGGCACCUGAACCAGGAUGUGCUUGGUUUGCGAGCCACACAGGACUCUCUGACGAGAACCUUGGCUGUGAAGGAGAAACACACACAACAGCUGGUCCACGACAGCGUGCAGCUCCAAGAAACCGUGACCUCGCUGCAGAGCAAAUUACAAACGAGCGAGUGCAUGCUGAGGGACAUCGGCGAGACCCUGGACCAGACCACAAGCAGCCUGAACACGGAAAGACAGCAGAGAGAGCAGAACCAGGAACAGUUGCAUCAGUGCAACAAAGAGGUAGAGCGUCUUCAGCAGGAACUCACUCAUGUUCAUCGCACCGCUGAAAAGAAGAUGCAGAGGAGGGAGAUUAAGAUAAGUUUGCUGGUGAAAGAGCUCACGGAGAGUAAGAAGCAGCACGCUGAUUGUCAGGAGCAGUUGCUCCACAGAGAGAAGGCUUUGGAGAAGCUGCACCAGGAGAGGGACGAGCUGAGAGCCAAGAUGGAGGAGCAGAGCAGAGAGUGUGUCCGCCUCAACCAGACCAAAGAGAGACUGGAGGCUGACUUGGCUCUGAGCCACGAGAAACUCCACGGCUCUCAUCUGGAGGUCCGAAGCAGAGAUCAGUUAAUUCUGCAGUUAAGAGAUGAGAUGAAGACGGCGGGACAAAAGUAUCAAGCAACACAAGAGCAGGUGAUGGCAGAGCUGGAGUGUGAGCUGAGACACUUGAACCACACAGUCAGAGGACACCAAGAAGAGGCCUGUCAGUUAAGCAGAAAGGUCAGAGACACAGAGCGCCGCAAAGACCAGAAGGAGAAAGAACAAGAGCGGCUGCAAAAUCAGAUCCGUGUUAGUCAGCAACAGGUUGAAGCGUCUGAAGGGAAGCUGAGGAAGCAGGAGGAUGAGAUGGGACUUCUUCAUCAGCAGCUGAAAGGAGCCAAGGAGGAGCUCGACGUUGCCAGUUCCCAGAUCCAGGAGCAGAAUGAAACAGUAGCGAUUUUGAAACAAAAGUACGCUGCGGCAAUAGAGAAGGUUCAUAGGGUGCAGGGGCAGGUGGAGCUUUUAGAAGAGGAACUACAGUAUUCACAGCAACAGCUAGGAGAGUCCCAGUUAGAAACGCAUUCUGUGAAGCGAGAGCAAGCCGAGCUGGAGCAGCGGCACCGGGAAAAGGUUAGCCAAUGGGAGAGCUCGCAAGAGGCUCUCGACCAGCUGACAGAUGAGCUGCAGGCCAAUCAGACCCUGCUGAGCGAGAGGCAACAACAAGUGGACCACUUCAGAAGCCUGAUUGGAUCCCUGCAGGAGCAAGGGGAUAAGCUCAAACAACAGAAGCUGAUGUUGGAAUGUGACCUACGGCUUCAUAAGACGAGUCAUUCUCACUCUGAUGAGGAGUACCUCGGCCUCCAAAGACACAGCCAGCAGCUACAGAAGCGCUGCACUGAGCAGGUUGAGCGCAUUGCAGAGUGUGAAGGGGCUAUCCUUCAGAUGAAGUCGGAGCUGGAGAGACAAACCCAGGAAAUGACGCAAAAUCUCGCGCUGUCCCACCGCACACACGUGAGCAUUUGCGGCCGCCUGGAACAGGAAGUGACACGCCUGAAAGCCCAAGUCACACACUUGGAGCUCGAGCUGGCGGCUACUCGAAAGGUGCACGCGGCGCUCCUCAGGCAGUCGGAGGAGGAGCUGGAGGAGGCCCGGCGGGAUGCUGCGGCAGGGAGCAGGGAGGUGGAUGCACGGAGAGGAGAGGUGCAGAGGCUUCAGGAGGAGUUGCGGAAGCAGGAGGAGAAGAUGAGAAGUGCCACCAGAGAGAAACAGAGUCUUAGCGCCUUCAUCCGGCAGCUGAGCCAAGAGGUGGAGGAGUUACGCGGCAAACACCACGCGACAGUGGAGGAUUUGGCAGCCGGCGCAGAGGAAGUGAGGCGGAUGGAAGGCUGUCUGAGAGAGGGGAAGCUAGCAGAGGAGAAAAUAAGGUCAAUGGCCGUGAGGCUGGAGACGGAGGUGGCCGAGCUCAGGACGAACCUUCAACAGGCCGUCAGUGAUAAGCUCCAGGCAGAGGGCGGGAAACAAGAUGCACAGGAGCAGGCGAACAUGCUCCGGGCCGAGCUGGAGGAGACGCUGUCUGACAAUGCAAACAUUCGCCAUGAGAGCCAGCUGGUCAUGACCAACGUCAACGGAUGGAUCACCGAACAGAAGGCUUCCAGCGAGAAGCUCACUGCACAGAUGAAGGCCCAGCACGAGCUGCUGCUCAUGGUCACCAAGGAGAACGGACAUCUUCAGGAGGCUAAUGACACAUUGAAGGUGGAGGUAAAGAGACUGAAGGAAGUGGCGGAUGAGAAGGAGAGAGACGCGCAACGCUUCAAGGCCCGGAUCCGAGAACAUGGCAUCCGGCAAGAUGAGAGAACUGUGGAGAAUCAGACCUGUGUGGCUCAGAACCUCAGCAAAAUCCAGCAAAUGCAGACCAGACUGCGGAGCAACCUGGAGGCCGUCGGAAUGCUAAAUCAACAACUAAACGCUCUCAGCAGGGAGAAUAAGCGGUUACGCAGGCAGCUGGAGGAGGAGAGGUCCCUGCGUCAACGAGCGCAGCCUCCUCCUCCCACCCCCCCAGCGCGGCUCCUCCGUCCACCUCCCCAUCUCCCUCGCCGCCCGCCCUCCUCCUCCUCCCUCCGCCUUCCCUCCUCCACCCCUCUGUCUCCCUGAUCCCCUGGGCCUGCACCCGGCGACGGGGCGGACUGAUGAGAUUCUAACCCGAGCAGAGCGGAGACUCGUGAGACCAGGUGAGUCCCGGGCUUUGUCCGGAGCGUCGCCCGGGACGAGGUCCGGCUGCCGAGAGCUCUGUCUCCGCCUCUCUGGGAGAUGCCUGGUCGGGGAGGACGAGCAGGGAUCUGACCAAAUGAAGCCCCCUGAAGACUUUGACCUGUCAUGACCCUUUGACCUCCACCUCCUCGCCAGGGAGCGUAUUCAGUAUGAGGUUAAUGUCCUCCAGGUCAAAGUCAAGUCCCUGGGUGCUCUUUGCCUGAGGGGGGCUCCGGAACCAGCAGAUGAUGGAAUUUACUCAAAUCGUCCAGAGUGGAGUAAAAAAAAUAGCUCCACUGCUACGCCUUGAAGAGAUUUACUCUGGGAAAAAUAUUUUUAGAUUUAAAAACUGACACUUUUCACUAUUAAAAAAGCCAUUGAUUGCUUUCUCGAUGGGUACAAAUGCUCCAAGCUGAGAUAUCUUAUAAAAUUGCCAGUUACUUCUUCAAAUAAGGAUCUUGUUUUGCACUUAGCCCUGAAACGUCCGCACUUGGAGGAGUCCUGCUGACCUACAAUGAAUUUAAUUCAGUCAGCAAAUGAAGUAUACCCACUAAAGCACUAAUUCCCAGUGCUGACGAAUGUGUCUUCCACUGGAGAUGAAUGAGGGACGGCACAUCAUCAGCCUCCACAGACAUACCUCAGAUGUCCGAGGGAAUGGCUGCAGCACAGUCUAAUGGCACUGCAGCUGCGCGCCAUGUGUCCUACAUGCACUGCGGUGAAUGUGUGUCUUUGUGUGCGAGUGCAUUUCAUGUCUGCGUGCUUCUGUCCCUCUGUCAGUGCCUGUGGGUGACUGUGUGCUUGAGUAGAUGGGAUGUUUAGUAUUGAACAUUUUGUUUUAUGGUUUAAAAACGUCUCUUUUUCCAUGUCGCUGGGUUUGAGAUCGCCGUGUUGUAUUGACAGAAAAAUAAAAACAGAGACGUCUGU